ACCAUUCCCCCACGGACUGCUUGGUGGCCUCCUCUGCAUCGUCAAUGGCGGAUCCAUCAUUCCAAGCAUAGUAACUAUGGAAAUGGAAGCGAACUUGAGAGGAAAUCUUGCGUUCUAGUUUCCCUCUUUGUUAACCUUUCUCUUCCUUAACUAAUUUUAGUCCUCUACUCUUGCUUCAAACUUUUAACUUUUCUGGUUUCUUAGAAUGGAACAAUCGCCUGAAAACAACAGUCAACAUGUUCGUGAACCUCCUUCUCUUUCUUCUUCCUCUUCCAUCAGUGACAACCCUUCUACUUCCCAGGUCCAAGGAGGAGGAAGUAACGAGGAGCAGCCGCAGAACCACCAGGAGCAGCAGCAACAGGCUCCUAGGGUAUCCUACCGCGUGAAUAUCUCCAUAUCUGAUGUGGGUGGGAGAGAAAUAGGGGAUGACGUAUGGUCUUGCAUUUUUGUGCUUGUUACAUUUUGGUUUUUUGCUAAGGGAGAUGAAUAUCAUGUAUUUAGAAAGAAAGCCAAUAAGCAUUGGAAUUUUGCGGGAUCUCGUUAUGAGGAAGCUAAAGUGGCUAAUUCAAAGGGGGAAAGGCGAAAUGCAGCUCACCUAUAUGAUCAGGGGAAGAUACAAGCUAAAUUGGCCCGGGCAGCUGAUGAGAAAGCUAGCCAGGAUAUAUUUAAAGCUAUGAACGAAUGCAUUGAAAAUGAGAUAGAAAUUGAUUUGCAUGGGCAACAUUGCAAAGAAGCAGUGAAUAUUUUGAAACAGCGUCUCCCGUGUGGUGGGACUCAUCUGGCUUCAAUUCGAACUCUAAAGGUUAUCACAGGGUAUGGGUCGCAUAGUGAAGGGAAAGCAGUACUGAAACCAUCGGUAUGAGUUUUACCCAUCCCAUUAAGCCAAUAUGAAUAUAGAUUAAAUAGGAAACUAUGCAAAGACACCAAAUUCCUCUGACUUUUUAACAGUUUAUAGCCAGUUUUCAUCUUUAUUGCACAGUCUGGCAUUCAUCAUGCUGUUUCAUGCAUGCAGGUAAUUGAGCUUCUGGACAACGAGCGUAUUGAGUGGAGUGAAGAGAACCCAGGAGCAUUGCUUAUCAAGCUCGAUGGUCGCAGGAAAUUUAGCUUCCAAGGUCAGAACUUUUGCUACCCUCUUUAAGGAAAUGUCGAACCUAUAGAUGCUUGUACCUUAUAAAAUGCUGGUCUGUUGUACCUUAUAACUUAUAAGCAGUUAUGGAUGAACUGGGUUUGGAGUUGUGGUGUAUCAUGUACUUGUAAUUUUCAUACUGUUCAAAAAAAAAAAAAAGAGGCAGUUAUG